UGCCCAUAAGUUAUGCUUGAGUAUAAGCACACUGUCGGCGUUGGAUCCCCGGCCCUUUUGUUGCGGGAGAAAGAGGGUGCGGUUGGCCGAGAACAGCACUGACGGGAGAGCUUCAAUGGAGCUUGAUGUGGUUUCGGUGUGCGAUCUCGGGAUAUGGGAAGGGGAGGAACUCUGAUUCCCUCUCGGUGUUUCGACGGGGCUGUUUAGGCGUGGUCUUGAAGCAAUGCCCUUGUUUUCCUCCAGUGGUCUCUCGGUUUUCGCACACCCAGCUUCGAUUUCAGCUCCUCCGUUUCUUAGUGGAACGCCGUAAGUUCGCCGGAGGUUGAUCUUGGUCUGUUGGAUGUAGCGGAAGUUUUGGAGAUUUGAGGACGAAUUCGUUGUUGAACGAACGCCUUCGAGUUCCCGACGGAUUUUAGAUUCGAGUGGAGAAGUUUAAUGAUUGGGUUCGAUUACAGAUCUGUCCCUCCGGAGCUCCGAGUUCUUACACUCUGAAGGACAGAAGAACUCCAUAAACUUGACUACUCAGUUUACUUGUGGGAUGCUAUGUUUUCCCUUUCCCUAACCUAGUAUUUUUCUAAUGGACCGAUUUAUGAUUUUUAUAUCAAUUCCUUUAUCUUUUCUUGUACUUUCCCUACCAUUUGCCAUUGCUGAUUUAAGGUCUGAUGAGCAGGCACUUAUAGACUUUGCUAAUUCUGUCCCUCAUGGCCGUAAUCUAAACUGGACUUCUCAUAAUCCAAUUUGUUCCUCGUGGGUUGGAGUAAGAUGCACACCUGAUAAUACUCGCGUGCGUAGUCUCCGGCUGCCAGCCAUUGGGCUUUUUGGCACAAUCCCCCCAAAUACUCUUAGUAGACUUGAUGCCCUUGAAGUCUUAAGUCUUCGUUCUAACCGCCUAAUCGUACAUCUUCCUCCCGAUGUUCCAUCCAUUCCUUCGUUGCAUUCUUUGUUCCUUCAACAUAACAAUUUAUCUGGAAUUAUACCAUCUUCACUAUCUUCCAACCUGACAUUUCUGGAUCUUUCCUACAAUUCCUUUGCAGGAGAAAUUCCACCCACUAUCCAGAACCUUAAUCAUCUUAGUGCAUUGCUUCUUGAGAAUAACUCAUUGUCUGGACCCAUCCCGAAUCUUCAACUUCCCAGGCUUAGGCAUCUGAAUCUGAGUAAUAACAACCUUAGCGGCCCCAUACCAUUAUCCCUCCAAACGUUCACAGCUGAGUCUUUUCUGGGUAAUCCUUUUCUCUGUGGAUCUCCUUUAUCACCUUGCUCUGGAGUAUCUCCUCCAGUAUCCCCUGCAAGACGAAAAAGAAGCUUUUGGCAAAAAUUGAGCACAGGUGCCAUUAUUGGAAUUGCUGCUGGUGGAGCAGUACUUCUGCUUCUACUCGUCAUUGUAGUCUUCUUGUGCUUCUUCAGGAGGAAACGUGGGGAUGGUGACAGAGAAUCAAAAGGAAAGGGAUCUCUUGGUGCAAGGAGUGAAAAACCUGAGGAGUACAGCAGCAGUGUCCAAGAGGCAGAGAAGAAUAAGUUGAGUUUCUUUGAGGGAUGUGCGUACAACUUUGACUUGGAAGAUCUAUUAAGAGCUUCUGCAGAGGUUCUUGGCAAAGGAAAUUAUGGGACCACAUAUAAAGCUGUUCUAGAAGAUGGUACAACUGUUGUUGUGAAGAGGUUGAAGGAAGUAAUCAUUGGAAAGAGAGAGUUUGAGCAACAAAUGGAAUUGCUUGGAAGGGUCAAGCCUCACCCUAAUGUAGUUCCUCUUCGAGCUUAUUAUUACUCCAAAGAUGAGAAGCUUCUCAUUUAUGAUUAUGUUCCUUCUGGCAACUUCUCCUCCUUGUUACAUGGAAGUAAGGGUGCUGGAAAGACUCCGUUAGACUGGGAGUCCAGAGUAAAGAUUUCUCUUGGAGCUGCUCGUGGUAUAGCACAUAUUCAUGCCGAAGGUGGUGCAAAAUUUAUCCAUGGAGACGUCAAAUCCAAUAACAUACUACUGACUCAGCAACUUGAUGCCUGUGUAUCGGAUUAUGGCCUCGCUCCAUUCAUGAACACUUCAGCAACCCCAUCCAGAGUUGUCGUGGGCUACCGUGCACCCGAAGUCAUUGAAACCAAAAGAUACUCUCAGAAAUCUGAUGUCUAUAGCUUUGGUGUGUUGUUACUGGAGAUGCUCACUGGAAAAGCUCCACUUCAAUCUCCUGGUCGUGAUGAUGUUGUUGAUCUACCGAGAUGGGUUCAAUCCGUGGUCCGAGAAGAGUGGACUGCUGAAGUAUUUGAUGUGGAUUUGAUUAAGCAUCAGAAUGUCGAGGAUGAGAUGGUUCAAAUGCUCCAAAUUGCCAUGGCAUGUGCUUCAAAAGUUCCAGAUCAGCGACCGAAAAUGGACGAAGUGAUUAGAAUGAUUGAGGGCAUUCAUAACUCUGACUCAGAGAACCGACCAUCCUCCGAGAAGUCAAAAGAUGACAACAAUGUCCAAACCCCACAAGCAGAGACAGAAACUGAGACAGAGAUCACAAGUUAACUCAUUUAGACCUUCUGGCUAGGUAUUUAGUUCUGUAAGUUCUUUGUUCUUCUAAUUCGAUAUUGAUGUGUGAAGUUUAUUGUGGAGGAUGUUUAGGCAUAACCAUCUAGUUAUGCUCAAGAAGUCCAUUGGUUUCGGAAUUAAUUGUGGUUCACGAUGUCAUUGUUUUUUAGCUAUUCUAUUUAUCAAUUCCAAGCCAUGAAAUGUAAACAUGAUGUUGAUUUUAUGUGCGUUGCUGAGGCAAACACACUUGACAAAAAGAACAUAAUCUUUGGAACAGAACAGUGGAGAUUUUCUA